AAACUCCUGCUUGUUUGUUGUUGAGUACCCAAUCAAAGAUGGUGGGUCUCGGUUAGACGAACUGCUUGUGCAUAGGGAAAUAUUUUUACCACCAUCCUUAUAGAAUUCCUCACGUAGUUAGAAUUUUGCUUAUACUAACAGGGUAGCGAGUUGUCUUAUGUUGGAGCUUGAAUUCGGAGUUCUAGUUAGCUAUAACUGACGUUAAAACGUGUAGAUGGGUUCUUACGACCUGGCUGUAGCUAGUUGGUUAGCAAGUUGAUAUAUUGGUUUUUUUUAGCUAACGUUAGUUAACUAGCGAAGGAGCGAACUGAUAAAAACAGAUUCCUUGAGUUAGCAGUUAGCUAGCUAUCGAUUUAAUAUCGUUUCACAGUUUUCCUGGCUAAGUUACAUUUGGAACUCCGAAAGACAUCUAGCUAAAUAUGGACAAGGCCGAUUUCUUGAAGGGCUUGCCUGUCUAUAACAAGAGCAAUUUCAGCAGAUUCCACGCAGAUUCUGUGUGCAAAGCAUCGAACAGGAGACCGUCUGUGUACCUCCCCACACGCGAAUACCCUUCUGAACAAAUCAUUGUGACAGAGAAGACAAAUAUCCUCCUUCGCUACCUGCACCAACAGUGGGACAAAAAGAACGCUGCCAAGAAACGAGAACAGGAGCAGGGAGAGGCGGAGAGCCCUGCCCCGCCCCGAAAAAUCGCCCGAACAGACAGCCAAGAAAUGAACGAGGACACUUAAAAAUUUGGAGCUGUGCAUGUAUACAUAGGCAUUCACACACUAGGGCACACAUGAGCAGAUACAAACAAACCAGUACAGACAUACAAACACCGAAACACAGUACAUUUAGGCGAGUACACUUUUCUGAGAGCCAGAUUAGUGAAGAAGGAAAGUCUAUCAGGACUUUGGAACGAUGCCUGCAAAAUAGCGUUUUUAUGUUUUUUUUAUUUUAUUUUGUAUUAUUAUUAUUCGUUACAAAGAGCUUCCCUGUCUUGCGCCCACAGUACCUUCUUUCCAGCUGCACUACUCCACCUUUGCCACAAGGGGGUGCUGAACCACCUCUAUUCCUGUUAUUUUGGACCCAAGGCCACUUUCUCUGAACUGCCAGAACAGGAGAACAACUCUGGGAAAUUCUCUGUAUUUUGUUGAUGUUAAGAUGUGUACUUUUCUUUUUCUUUUUAUUGUGUGGGAGAACUCCUGCUGCCCUAAGUUAGCGGAUUUAAGUCAAACCUUUUCUUUAUUUCCUGCUGCUUAUUGACAAUAGUUGGCAUGACACAAGUUGAUUAAUGUGGUGGCUGUACAGCUUGCUUGGCAGUUAUGUUUUUAGCCGUUUGGAAAUGGAUAGCUGAAAUUGGCCAAUGCCGACAUCUGUCGUCAGGCACACUGGUGACGGCUGGCCAAUUGGUUCGUUUAGGGAGAGAGAGACAUAAUACUACCUUGGAGGAGACCGAAAAUGUGUAGCACAACAGAAUUUCAGAUUACAUUAGUAUUAAAGGCCUAGUCAUUUUUGUAAUACAGUGUAUUCCGCAAAUGUUCUGUACAUAAAGUCUUCUCUUUCCUAGUAGAAUGGUGAAUUAUUAAAGUUGACGUCAGUGGAUGUUGGGAACUAAGGAAUGGCUAUUUCAGAUCUUUUUCAGAUUUGAUAAUGAUUGGGGGGAGAAUAUGCGCAAGGACUUUUAUUUCAAAGUGGUGGCACGUAUGGACAGAAUAAAUGGUCGCAAGACUUAUUGUAAAAAAUCUUGGCUCAGCGGACAAAUGAGCCCGUUUCCAUAGCGUCUUAUAGUAGGAGAUGGUAGCAGAUCUAAAAUCAAUUCCGCGAGUUGUAUUUAGGCUGCUUUUCUAAAAGCAGCUUCCCACAGGUCUCGGCCUGUGUAGUGUUAACGACAGUUGGAGUGUGUUCCCGUAACAGAAGUGACCGAGUAGGCAGGACACAUUGGCUAAUUUUUUUUGUCCUGCACGUCUGUAUGUAGAUCACUCACGGCUUCGUUGCAUUAUGGGGCUGCUGGACAUUACAGAUCCUUUGCGAAUGGCGCAAUGAGCUAACAGAUUUUGUUGUAACAAUGCCAAGUUUUUCUGCACAUCUUUGUCUGCACAAGUUCACUACCGUUCCUGCCUUCUUCCGGGACUUCAGCCAUCUUUGUGAUUAUGUACCGCGCUGAAGUUCUAACCCUUCGUUUACACAGACUUAAAAGCCCAGCCGUAUUCAGGCCUCUACAGAUCAAGCCGACUACACGUUAUGACACAGCCACGUUUCAGAAAACCCACCAUUAUGAAAUGUUCGUUCGCUAUUGGCGAAGACCCUUUAACCGCCGAAUCAGUCAUCAGUCGUGUGUAACUUGAUGAUUUCUUGAGCUUCGGGAUUUAGUAAGUCUUGGGAGAUAAGGUACCGCUGGGCCUGUGGCUAUUCAAACAGGAAUAAAAGGAAGAAGAAAAGUGAAUUAUUCUACGAAUGAAGCAAGUUUACAGGGCUUGUACGCUGACGCUUAAAUUGUAACUGAGCAGGGUACGUUAAGGCUCACUUUGAAUAUGCUGUUGUUUUCUAAACCUUUCAAAUUUGUCGAUGGUGUGAAAUAUCAAGAGCGAUUUUAUUUGCCGUUUUAUUUACCCUGCAUUUGAAGGCUUGAUAUCCUUCUGGUGGUGUUCGUUUGUUAGCCCCUACUGACCUUAGGGCCAGAAUGCCUGGGCCCCUCUUCUAAGAAAUGGUUAUUAGCCUAAAAUAAUUGCCCACCGUAGCUAUAUGGGCAGGUAUUAGUAUGUAGAUGUUUUUACCGUAGAGAAUUCUUCUGAAGUUUGUCUGCUUGCCCUUUGAAUUCUUUGCACACAAACCUCCGUUCAGUCUUACUGCGUUCCUUCAAAGCCGCUUAUACAGAUGUUUUCUCUGCCGUUUCUCUCCCUUCUUGUUGUGUACCAUAUUUUGAAACCCUCAAAAAAAGAAAACAUACAUUAUCCAUCAUAGAGAUGAGGGAAAUGUGAAUUUUCCUUUUGAUUUAAACAAUUGUAAAAAAAAAAAAAACACUUACAAUGGCAAUUCAUCCAAAGUUAGGACAUUUGCAUAACAUCAGCAACAUUCAGAGAACAAUGUCAUUUCCCUAGCAAAAGUAGAGCAUUUGGAAUAUGGCCAGCAUGCUCUACGGUACCUGUUUGAAUGACUUUUUGCCAACUUGCUGUGGGUAGGACUGUUCACUAUCCACACACAGCUCAGUAGGAAAUCAGUAGAUACGUUGCUGGCUAUACAUGCGUAAGUAAACGUUUGGGGGAGAAUUUGUCACAUUAAGGCACUUGCUCCUUCUGCUGCUAUGUAAAUCAGUGUCUGCUUCUAUAAACCUUUUAUAAUGCGUAGUUCCCUCCAGAUCCACAAUUGUACAGCCAUAGUUUGUCAAACUUGAUAGUGUGUGUUUCUGGUGUUUGGAUAAACUGUUUAAAACACCCACAAGAGCAGUGGGGUUGCUGUGUUGUGUGAGGUUUUUUUUCCUGUUAAAAAUAAUACAGAUGCUAUCCUAUUACAUGCAAAGGAUUGAAAGAAUCAGAAGUGUUCAGUAGAUGUGUGCAUUUUGAGAGCAGUAUUUUUUGUGUGGCAGUGUUUGAUUUGGAAGAAUGUUGUACAGCAUGCAUCCUGGCUUGCCGGAAACCGACAUCGUUGUGGUAGUUGAUGAACAUGAAAUGUUGUUGCUGAAUUCAGGACUUCUUCUUUCUCAGUGGGAAUUCUGUGGAGAUCUUGCAAAUUGGGGGGUGUGGGUGGGGGGGCUGGAGAAACAGGUUUGUUUCAUGUGAGCAGUUGUCAUGUAUCAUAGACAUAGGACAUUACGCUAGUGAGUCCAGGUUUUGAAAGCCAGCAGAAGUCAUACUCUAAUAGACCACCAGGGAGUGGGUUACAAAAGGAGACCGUGUUCUGAGUUGGUCACUCUUAGAACUGUUAGUGAAGAGCGGUUUUAUUUCACAGCACAACACUCACACCUAGUGUUCUCUGGCCCGCCUUGGUUGUAAAUAGUGUGUUGUAGUCGACGUAUGGAUAUGCAAAAGAAAAUGAAAAAAAAAAAAAGGUUUGGUCUAUUUUUUUAACCUUUUCUGUUUGUAUCUGUCUGGAUUUAAGACUUUGGAUCCUAACUCUAAAUAAAAUGUAUAAUUUAUAA